AUGUCAACUCAUGAUGAUGAAGAAACAUUUUGUGGAGCCACAUUGCUAGGAAUAGGUAAUUACUACGCUAAAUACAUAAGUGGAUACUUGGACAUUCCAGUAUGCUUGAUUGGCAUGGUUCUGAACGCAUUCAAUUUAUUGGUGUUUACAAGAAAAAACAUGUUAUCACCAGUACAUUCGAUAUUCGCCAACUUGGCGUUUGUGGACUUCAUGGUUCUAUUAGCGGGUAUACCGUAUUCCGGCAUUCUCAACCUUCAACGUGAUGGAAUCGUCGAAAAAGGAUGGACUUACAGCGGAGCGACAGUUUACAUGAUCUGCGAAGAUAUAUUCACUACAUUCCAUCUUCUAUCAGUAUUCUUUACAGUGCAAUUGGCUGCAUGGAGAUAUAUAGCCAUAGCACAUCCGUUGAAGGAACGUAUUUGGUGUAAUAUGGAGACUACAAGAAAUGUGAUGAGAUGUGGUUACGUGGUGUGCAUUUCGCUAAGUAUACCGAUAUAUUUUUCGCGUCAUGUUGAAGCUCACGCCCACGGUGACGACAGUAAUAAUGGUCAGGAAUCGAGUUACAUAACAUCUUACACAGAUGAUCCUAUCCUGCGCAAAUUUUCAUUUAUGGUGUAUGCAGUAUUGGGCACAAUAUUGCCCUCAGUUGCUCUAUCGGUCUUCAGUUUGAGGUGA